UAAGCGAAGUUUACUAAGUUCAAGAAUCAAUCCUGUUAUGUUACAAUGUCGACAUUCCUGAAUCAUGGCCGAGUGAUCGUUGUUCAUUGCGUUCUAUGAGAAUGCAUGUACUUCCAUUAUGAAUGCUAGGAUCAAGAAUCUUGAAUAAAGGAAAAUGGGGGGUGGAUUUCGAGUUAUUCACUUAGCCAGACCGUUUCUUUCAUUCCUCCCAGAAGUUCAGAACGCGGACCGAAAAGUGCCAUUUAGAGAGAAAGUCAUUUACACUGUGAUUUCUCUUUUCAUCUUUUUGGUUUGCAGCCAACUCCCUCUGUAUGGCAUACACUCCACUACGGGUGCAGAUCCAUUUUACUGGAUGCGUGUGAUUCUUGCUUCAAAUCGUGGCACUGUCAUGGAGCUUGGAAUAACCCCCAUUGUCACAUCUGGGAUGGUGAUGCAGCUCUUAGUUGGAUCUAAGAUCAUUGAAGUUGACAACAAUGUGAGAGAGGAUCGUACACUCUUAAAUGGGGCACAAAAAUUGCUUGGUAUACUCAUAGCAAUUGGGGAGGCAGUGGCUUAUGUCCUCUCUGGCAUGUAUGGUAGUGUUGGUCAACUUGGAGCGGGAAAUGCCAUUCUUAUUAUUAUUCAGCUUUGUUUUGCUGGUAUCAUUGUCAUUUGUUUAGAUGAGCUUCUUCAGAAAGGAUAUGGCCUUGGCUCUGGAAUUUCCCUCUUUAUUGCUACCAAUAUCUGCGAGAACAUUAUUUGGAAAGCUUUUAGUCCCACUACAAUCAACAGUGGACGAGGAAUUGAAUUUGAAGGAGCCGUAAUCGCUCUAUUUCAUCUGUUGAUAAUUCGAUCCGACAAAAUCCGAGCACUUCGUGAGGCAUUUUACCGACAAAAUCUUCCCAAUGUGACAAAUCUGCUUGCAACAGUUUUUAUUUUCUUAAUUGUGAUCUACUUCCAAGGAUUCCGUGUGGUUUUGCCUGUGCGGUCAAAGAAUGCUCGUGGUCAACAAGGUUCAUACCCAAUCAAGCUGUUCUACACGUCCAACAUGCCAAUCAUUCUACAAUCUGCACUUGUCUCAAAUGUUUAUUUCAUCUCUCAGUUGCUGUAUAGGAAGUACAGUGGAAAUUUCAUCGUGAAUCUUUUGGGUAUAUGGAAAGAAUCCGAGUAUUCAGCUGGUCAAUCUGUUCCUGUGGGUGGUCUUGCCUAUUAUAUUACUGCACCUUCAAGCUUAGCUGAUAUGGCAGCCAAUCCUUUUCAUGCCAUGUUCUAUCUGGUUUUUAUGUUGUCGGCUUGUGCUCUUUUCUCAAAAACUUGGAUUGAAGUAUCCGGAUCUUCUGCUCGAGACGUUGCUAAGCAGCUUAAGGAACAACAAAUGGUGAUGCCUGGACAUCGGGAAUCAAACCUACAGAAAGAGCUGAACCGCUACAUACCAACCGCGGCUGCAUUUGGAGGCAUAUGCAUUGGUGCCCUCACCGUGUUGGCUGAUUUUAUGGGCGCAAUUGGUUCAGGGACAGGAAUCCUUCUUGCAGUCACCAUCAUUUACCAAUACUUCGAAACUUUUGAGAAGGAAAAAGCCAACGAGCUUGGCUUUUUCGGCUUCUAGCCAUUUUCUUGCACUUCACAAGGGUUUGUCAUAGAUACUAACAAACAUUUUCCAACAGUUUGAUGACGAACGAAGGAGAUUUUACUGAUCAAAGCUCGAAAGUCGAAACUCUUCAUCGGAACUCCAUGCUCGAUCUUUCAUUCACGGACACCAAGGUGCAUUUUGCUUGUAUCAAUUUUAGCUCCAUGGUGGAUAAAAGUAGGAUAGCCAAGUUAGCUUUGCUUGUAAAUGAAUUUAGUGAAUUUUGUUGAGCUUUUUUUCUAAAUUUUAUGGUUAAAAGAUAAGACUUAAUUGAAUAAUAUUUGUUUAAAUACUUGAAAA